AUGUGUUUCAUAACACUGCUACUAUUCUGCUACCUCUCUCUGCUCCUUAGACAUUUUAGCUUUGCAGAUAGACUUCAGAAGAGAUGUACAGCUGUAAAAGGCAGCCACCUUCUUUCUUUGGUUUUACACUCUUCACUCACACAUGUUUUAGUCAUUGCAAUAAUUUCAGCUGAUACAUUUUUGGACAUUAAAUCAAGGAACUUUCCUUUGGCAAUCAAGAAGGGAAAAAGUAAAAAAAGCAUCAAGAUGAAGCCAUAUAUUGAAAGAUUUGAGGUAUUAAACCAAGGGAGUGGACAUAAAAAUUUAUAG